ACUGAACAAGAAAUCUUCAAAGCUAGUAGUCUUAUUCAAGCCAAGAUCCAGCUGGAGAAAAGAUGAUUUCAAGGUCGCAUUUUAUUCUUUAUGCUGCCAUACUUUUUGGACAGGUUACCUGUUUCCCAUUGCCGCAACAAGGAGUUACACUCGCUACAACGGAUUUACCAGAGGAGACAGAAGCACCAGGAGCGACUGAGGGGCCAGAGGAGACAGAAGCACCAGAAGUGACUGAGGGGCCAGAGGAGACCGAAGCACCAGGAGCGACUGAGGGGCCAGAGGAGACUGAAGCACCAGGAGUGACUGAGGGGCCAGAGGAGACGGAAUCACCAGGGGCCACUGAGGGGCCAGAGGAGACUGAAGCACCAGAAGUGACUGAGGGGCCAGAGGAGACUGAAGCACCAGAACCAACAGAAGGACCAGAGGAGACAGAAGCACCAGGGGCGACUGAGGGGCCAGAGGAGACUGAAGCACCAGAAGUGACUGAGGGGCCAGAGGAGACCGAAGCACCAGGAGCGACUGAGGGGCCAGAGGAGACUGAAGCACCAGAACCAACAGAAGGACCAGAGGAGACAGAAGCACCAGGGGCGACUGAGGGGCCAGAGGAGACCGAAGCACCUGGAGCAACUGAAGGACCAGAGGAGACAGAGGCACCAGGAGCUACUGAGGGACCAGAAGAGACUGAAGCACCAGAACCAACAGAAGGACCAGAGGAGACAGAAGCACCUGAAGUUGAAGAGGGAGGGGAAGGUGAAGAAGAAGAAGAAGAAGAAGAAGAAGAAGAAGAAGAAGAAGAAGAAGAGGAAGAGGAGGAGGAGGAAGAAGAAGAGGAGGAAGAAGAGGAAGAAGAAUAGGACGACGAAGUGGAGGAUGACUAAGCCAGAAUUCAUGUGUUUGUUAUGUGUUUUUCUUUCUUUUCGUUUCUAAACUCAGAAAAUGAGUUCAGGUGCGACAGAUAUAUGCAUCCUUUUAUCACACCAAUGAAAGCUAGCUCCUUGCUGUCCAUAGCUUUCUCUUAAAAUUUAUUACCAUAAUUUUUGUUCAUCCAAUCAAAUAUAUGGUUUCCUGCGUUGAUCAGCCCAAACACAUUAUCACAACCGGUUGUGAACAGUAGCCAGGAAAUUGUACCAAAUUUAUCAAAAGACUUUGUAAACAAACCGCUACCAUUUUUAUUAACCAUAUAUAUUUUUAGACAACGACAAUAAAUAUUUUGGACGGUCA